CAAAAUCUUUCUAAUUUUGGUAAGCUGGCUCUCACCCUCUCUCUCUCUCUCAGCGAAAAUAAACUGUUUGCCAUAAUUUCUGUAUCAAAGAGAAAAAAAACACUCUCUUAACUGUUCAAUCUUUUUCCCUUCAUAGUAACUUUCACAUCUAUGUCUCUCUCUGAAUUCUCGCUCUAGAUUCCUUGGCUUCUUGUACACAAGACAGUAGCAGAGUUUCAAGGAGGUUGAGGAAUUUUAGAUUAUGUCAGAUAAAAUACUUACACGUAUAGUAGCUUUUCUGCAUAAGGAGACAAAUUGGAGAUGGGUUUUGUGAGUUGUGUUGUUGAUUGAAAGCAGUGGACUUAUGUUACGUGAAUUGCGCCAGCUUUGGAGACUGCAAUAUUUUUGGGCGUCAUAUAUCUUUGAGGAUUGGAGGGAAAUGAGACUUUGUUCUAUGAACAGUGUUGAUGCUGCAAUUUGUUGAGUGGAAGUCAGUAUUCUUCAUAAAGAUUGAAACUUUUUGAGGAUUGAGGAUGAGAUUGAAGGGUAUUCAAAAACAAAUUAGAGAAUACAUCAGGGGAGAAUUUCUCUGGUUUGUUCUCUAACGUUUUCUGAUUUUUUUAACUUAAGCUGGGAGCAUUUUUUGGUUAGACAAAACUAAAAAUGGAAAACCCCUUCUCAUCAAAUGAAAAGGGGAUUAGUUAUUUUGCUUCGCCGAGAGCACAGGCAGAUAGUAUGGUUCCACCAGAUGGUGGGACGAGGAAUUCCAUUCCGGAGGACGUUUUCAACAAUUUUUCGGAAUUUAUGAAUAUGGAUACAUAUGCUGGUUGGUGCAAUAGUCCAUCAGCGGCAGACCAGAUGUUUUCCUCCUAUGGGUUUUCAUCUUUCCAGUCAACACCCUGUGCAUCUUUUGAUGCAUUGAAUAUUCCAGAACAUAAUUCUUCAACCUUUCUUGUUGGUGGUGAUGCAUUUAAUGAUGCUGGGACUUAUUACAGUUGUGGAGACAAAAUGGUAAUUCAGCAAUCAACUUCCCAGUUUGUUUAUCCAUCAGAUUCAGUUGGUGCUGAUGAUUCAGGUGCGAAACAAAGUGAUGGUGCUCAUCGGCAAAGAUUUAUCUCAGAUAUGGCUGAGAUUGCUAAACCAGUUGGGUUGUCACUUGAUGAAAAAAUGCUAAGAGCAUUAUCCAUGUUGAAAGAAACUGCUGGUGGUGGCAUUUUGGCGCAAGUUUGGGUCCCAAUAAGGCGUGGAGAACAAUAUAUUUUGUCCACCUUUGAGCAACCUUACUUGCUUGACCAAGCUCUUGCAGGGUAUCGUGAAGUGUCGAGGACAUAUACUUUCUCGGCAGAAAUGAAGCCUGACCUUCCACUGGGGCUUCCAGGUCGUGUAUUCAUAUCUAAAGUUCCAGAAUGGACUUCAAAUGUUAUUUAUUAUAGCAACACGGAGUACUUACGGGUAAAACAUGCACUGAAUCAUAAGGUCCAAGGUUCUAUCGCCUUGCCAAUCUUUGAACCUUUAGAUAUGUCCUGCUGUGCUGUACUGGAACUCGUCACAGUUAAGGAGAAACCUGAUUUUGAUUCAGAGAUGGAAAAUGUUUGCUAUGCGCUCCAGGCUGUAAAUUUAAGAACCACUGCACCUCCUCGACUUCUUACUCAGACCCUCUCAAGGAAUCAAAGAGCAGCCUUAGCUGAAAUAACUGAUGUUUUAAGAGCUGUUUGUUAUGCACAUAGCUUGCCACUUGCUCUAACAUGGAUUCCUUGCAAUUAUGCUGAGGAAGCUGUUGAUGAAAUUGUAAAAGUACGUGUCAAAGAUGGUCAUUCAAGAUCUACUGGAAAAUCUGUUCUAUGCAUUGAGGGUACAGCUUGUUAUGUGAAUGAUAGAGAGAUGCAAGGAUUUGUGCAUGCAUGUUUAGAACAUUAUAUUGAGGAAGGACAAGGUAUAGCUGGCAAAGCAGUUCAAUCGAACCACCCUUUCUUCUUCCCUGAUGUGAAGGCAUAUGACAUAACUGAGUACCCACUUGUCCAUCAUGCACGCAAGUAUGGCCUAAAUGCUGCAGUUGCAAUUAGGCUAAGAAGCACUUACACUGGUGAUGAUGAUUACAUAUUAGAGUUUUUUCUCCCUGUCAAUAUAAAGGGGAGCUCCGAACAGCAACUCUUGUUGAACAACCUUUCAAGUACCAUGCAGAGAAUCUGUAAGAGUCUCAGAACUGUUUCAGAUGCAGAGUUAGAAAGGGGAGGAGGUUCUACUGUUGGGUUUCAGAAAGGAACAGUACCAUCCUUCUCACCGAUGUUGGUUUCAACAAGAAGCUGCCAACCCACAGAUACUGUGUCCCACUUAAAUUUGGCUGAUAGGAUAACUUUUGAUGCAUCGAGUUCCAAAAAUGACAGAAUGGAAUCAGAUGGUACUCAUGAACAGAUGAUGGAUGGACCAAGAAGACAGCCAGAGAAAAAGAGGAGCACAUCAGAGAAAAAUGUGAGCUUGAGUGUCCUUCAGCAAUAUUUUUCUGGAAGUCUCAAAGAUGCUGCCAAAAGCAUUGGUGUUUGUCCAACAACGCUGAAAAGGAUAUGCAGACAGCAUGGGAUCUCGAGAUGGCCAUCCCGCAAGAUAAAUAAGGUGAAUCGCUCGUUAAGGAAAAUACAAACUGUGCUGGACUCUGUUCAGGGAGUGGAAGGUGGACUAAAAUUUGACCCCACCACUGGUGGAUUUGUGGCAGCAGGCUCCAUCAUCCAAGAUUCUGAUCAUCAAAAAAGUUUUGCAUUUCAUGACAAACAACUUCCUGCUGGAAAUUCUGAAUCUGCAAAUGAAGAUGCUGUUUCUGUACCUCCAGCUCCUUGUAUUGAUGGCGAUAAUUCUACAGUUAAAGUUGAAGAGGAUGAAUUCUGUAUAGAUACAUCUAGGGGAUUGAUGAUGAAAUCUAGCAUUCCUGUGAUUGAUUAUAGUGAAGAUUCCAGGUCAGUUGCAACUGAUGCUGGAAUAUGUCAAGAGGCUGGCCUUGGCUGUCGACGUUGGUCUUGUCUGGAGAAUUCCUCAGCAUUAGCAAAAGGGCGUAAGUGGGGUCUUAACAUAGUGAGCAUGAAAUUGGAGAAUUCAGACACCCACAUUACGUCUAGAAGCUCCUGUUCUUUGGCUGCUGCAGAGUCGGAUACCAAAAUUGAGGGUGAUAAUGGAACUGUGGACCAUAACCAGCAUACUUGUUCAAGCAUGACUGACUCUUCGAAUGGCUCUGGUUCGAUUAUGCAUGGCAGUGCGUCAAGCUCACCAAGCUUUGAGGGGGAGAAACAAUCUAAUGUCAUAACAGGAUAUGAAGAUAGUGGACAAAAAAUUACUGUAAAAGCCACAUAUAAAGAAGAUACUAUUAGAUUCAAGUUUGAUCCAUUCAUGGGGUGUUUCCAAUUAUAUGAAGAAGUUGCAAAAAGGUUCAAAUUGCAAAACGGAACAUUCCAGCUCAAGUAUCUUGAUGAUGAACGAGAAUGGGUGAUGCUUGUGAGUGACUCUGACUUGCAGGAGUGUGUUGAGAUAUUGGAUUAUAUUGGGGCACAUACUGUGAAGUUCCUUGUUCGUGAUACACCUUUGACCAUGGGCAGCUCGGGAAGCAGCAAUUGCUUUCUGGGAGGAAGCUGAUAGCAGUACAGGUGAUGCUUAACACACAGGCAGUCUUCGAGCGUAUUUCAUGUAGUUUGCUAAAUUUAUAUUGUUUCUGGUGUCUGUCUCAUAAAAGGAAAGUUGUAUUAUGAAGGUUAAAAGAGGAGUGUGGAAUUGCUAUAGUCUCUCAGCAACACACUUCUUCCUUCCAAAAUUUUUGCAGAACCAAUCACGAAGUAGGAUGUGGCCGUUUUUGGGGCUGAGUUUAUGGAUACUUUUCAAAACAGAAAAGACCAAACAGCUCCCAAGUAUAGCUUUGUAUAAUUGGUGGCUGGAUUUCCAGGAAAGGAAGUUAAACGAGGAAAUGGUGAGGAAAUGAUCAGCAGUAAAUUUUUAGAUGUUAAAUGUAUAGGUUAGUUUAUGCUAGUUCUAGCUAAAAGUAACUGUAGCUGCAGAAAUGCUGGAGGUAUUAUAUUUUAUGUUGUAGGGUGCCCCAGAUAUCAGUCUGUACAGUAAUUUAUAUGGGUUCUAUAUUAUUAUAAAAAAUAUAAAUUUUGGGAGUUAAAA